AUGUUGUCGAUGCUCGCUCGGUCGGCGCCCCGUUGCUCUCUUGUCGCACGCUGCUUCUCUAGCGACAGCGCUCGCGAAAAGCUGCGUGUGCUUACGACCAAGAGCUUUGUGUACGCAGCGCGUGACCACCCCAAGACGCUUGUUUACGUCUGUGCACUCGAGGCCAGCGCGACCUUUGAAGUGACUGUGAACGAAGGCGCGGCCGUGGUCGACUGGCCCAAGGUCCUCCAGCGUGAGCUCGGUCUCGACUUUCUACCUGGCGUCAUAAAGGGGCUCCGUGACUUGGAUGUUGUCAACUUCAAGCACCCCGUCGACAGCGCCGAUGGACAUGUCGAAGAUACCGACGGGGCAGACACAGUCGACGCUGAAGAAGAGACUUCGACGAUGGCAACGUCCACCGGACGACACGAGUCCGACACGACAUCGACGACAUUUCCUUGUGAGACGACCAACGCGGCGAGUCUGCGUGUCGAGAAGGACGGCGAGAGUGUGCUGCUGCAAGCAGGUGCCAAUGUCUAUGACGCGUAUGCCGACGCCUUCUUCAAACAGCUUUGCCAGUAA